AUGUCAAGUCUCGACUAUGAUGAAGCCCUUGCACUUCCCAUGCCUAAACCUCGUCACAUCAGAACGGAUUCCGACAACCGUUCAAAUCCGUUCCAAGAUGAUAACGAAAGAACAAAAUCACUGAAGAAACGUUCCGCCACCGAUCCAGUAGUAUCUCGGAUGCAUGCGUCAUCUGAGCCUGUCAACCUUCAGGAUAUCCACGAGGGCAAAAAGAAGUCCCGGUUCGAGAUGAUCAAGUCGAAGCUGAGUUUCAAAGACCUGCGGAAGGAGCUCGUGAAGGAAGAUUUGGGUGUUCAGCCCGCUACACCACCCCAUCGCGCCUUUUCUGGAAGUGCUAUUCCCACCUUGGCAUCGAGCAGCCAGGAAUCCAACGUGAAGACCAAGGUUCAUUCGGUCAAGAGAAAUCCCCCCACUAAAUUUGUGCAAACUUCCAACUUGACGAGAGAGAAGUUGUCGAAGCAGUGGGGCAAGCAGAAACCCUCAUCACCCAACACCUUAUCCGUGCCGAAACACCCCGUCACGAAGGACUCGCCUCCCAAUCUCGGCGACUUGACCGAGGGAGAAGGAGAAGUGAAGUACCUUCCAAAGACAUGGGUCGAUGGUUCAUACCGCCGAAUCUCCAACGGCGACAAUCAGGGCAAUAUCCAGACGCCUCCACCAACUGUCUAUGCCAAGGGGGAAUCACCCAUUGUCUCCCUCUCCAACUAUCUCCCGUCAUUCAAAGAGCGAUUGGACAAGAUGGAUCUCUCUCCAGAAAAGACUUCCUCUGGUGAAGGUCAGAAUCGCAGUACCGCCAAUCAAAUCGAUGACAUUCUGGGCAUGAUAAAUUCCAUCCAGCGCAGAGUAGACGGCGGGGUUGCCAAUAUGAACAAGAAGCUCGAAGAGCUUUGCGCCUGGAUCGGUGAUCAACUCCAGAAUCAAAUCACAAGCAAUGGGGACUUAAGCCGUGCCAACUCCGAUCUCUUCUCGAAGCAAUGUCAGAUCUCCCGGGAAAUGAUGAAGUUCCAACUUGAUAUUCGCCUGGAGAUUGGUACCAUGGAGCGACGACUGAGCACCUUCGAGAACAAGAUUAUUGACGAGUUGCAGAAUAAAGUCCGAUCUCUCGCUAGAUCAUACGAGGAACUGAAUAACAAGACAGAGACUAUGAUUGCAAGGCAUUCGUUCAUUGAUAACCAAAGCUUUAUCGAGCUACAGGUGCAGAAGAACACGGAGAUUGAAAGGGAAAUCGCAUACCUGAAGUCCUGCGAGGGCAGUUCAAUUUCAAAAGAUGUUGCUGCUUUUGCACCCACGAGAAUAACACCCCAGCAAAGCUUUUCUAGCAACGGUAGCAGUGAGCCCUUGAUCAAACAAGUCUUGCUUGUGCCUCCAACGUCCCCGGAUGUGCGCACUACGCCCAGACAUAUGGCUACCCCCGAUCAUGUCCCAGUCACUCCAAAACGUAUCCAAUCCGCUCCUAAGGAAGUCCAUGCCACUCCUAGGGAUUUCUCCACUACCCCCAUCCGUCCUCGAGUUGUUUCAAUGGUGGAGAGCAAGAGCAGUAGUCUGCUCCCACGCAGCGUGUCUCUCACCGGAAAGGGCAUCAUCAAGGGAAUCAAAGACAUCGCUUCCAGCACGUCCGACACGAGAGAAAACAAAGACAAGACCCAUCUGAAUAAAGCCAAGAGUCACGAUGAAUCGAAAAAAUGGAACUUGUUUAGCAUGCGCACCCGCCGUCGCGAAGACAGUACUUCUAACAGCAGCGGCAGCAAGUUCCACUGGUCUCGCCGCUCAAAGGACAUCCCAAACAACGAAGAACAAGCCACAAUCAGCUCACGCUCUUCUACGCCUCCCGUUCCGGCCAUCCCUCGGAACCCACGCGCCCGCGCAAAUAUCCGGUCCAUCGAGCGAAUUCCGACUCCGUUCCCUUCUAACAUGGUAGAUCCUAUCAACUCGGUUCACCCUGCGUUCCGAAUCGAGCAUCGUGGUCCCAAUGGUGCAUCGGCUAGUUCUUAUGAAACUGCACUGGAGUCCUUCAGAGCUGUGGAUACGGAUGUCAUGAAGCAGAGUAUUCUGGAUGGCUCUGUUUCUGCAUUUGCUGAGGCCCCUAGUCUUGAGUCUGAUGAUUUGGACAGCAAUUCUCCUCUGCUUGGAACUUUGACUCCUAAACUGAGGGUCCUUGAUCAUGUUAUUGAAGAUGCAUCGCUUAGUGCUAAUGCUCUUCGAUGCAGUGGGGAUGUCCAAAAAGAUAUCUCGUCAACUGAUACCUUGCAGGAGUGGGAUCAUGUCUCUGUGAUUGAUACCAAGUCGACUUGA